GUAAUAUAAGGAAAAUUGGAUCUAACUUUCGUCGAUACAGAUUGGACAAUAUGCUAAAUAAAUACGGAUGUGAUGAUUGUAAUACGUCAGCAAACGUGUAAUUAUUUCGGAAUGUUUACACGGAGUAUUUUAUUGUAAGAUGCGACUUUCUUAUUAUUAUAACGAAAACAAGUACUAGGCUGUAAACAAGCAAAUAUUGUAUCGUAUGUUCUGUUAGUAUUUGUCAUAUUUUUCCAUGUUUGAUUGUUUAUUUCGUGUUAUUAUGAGCUGUGUUUGAUCUAGAUAGGAGUCUGUUGCCGGCAAAAUAAAAAGUCUCCUCGUCUAAUCGAAAAUAAAAAAAGAUUCAAUUGAGUUGGGACUUCAACGUGAAAUGAGUCCGGUCUCUCCAUCUCUUUCGUCAUCUCGGUGACGAUGUUCUUCUGUCAUCCAUGUGAUGUGACCAAUGUGAUAAUUAUUUAGCUUUUAACAUAAAACUAUAUUAAUAUUUAUCCUUUUAUUAUAAAUUAAUAUUUCUAUAUUGUAUAUAAAUGUAAAUAAACUAAUAAUUUAUUAGUAAAUAUUUAAAUAUGAAAAAGUCUGCACUAAGUUUUCUUAUCUAUAUGUCUUCGUAUAAAUUUCUAAAAAAAUAAAAUAAAUAUCUUUAAGAAAAAAUAUUAAUAUAAUCAUGUAUUUACAGUUUAAAAUUCUAAAAAUUAAUAUAAUUGGCUGCGUUCAUAUUUAAAAAGACAAAUUGGAAUACCCACUAAUAAUGAUCUAAAUCCCUUAAAAGAAGGUGACAAAAUCUUCAACUAAUUUUUAUUUCUGUCAGCUCAACUAACUUAUUGUUCGGAGGAUUAAGCUAUGGUGUAAAUAACUAAGAGCACCAUUAUCGCAUUGGAUUUCUUAUUAUUAUUUAUUAUUAUUAUUUUUUAAAAGAAGGAACCAAUUGCGGACCGCCAUAUGUCAGUGGGGUCCGCAAACAGCACUAAAGACACACCAAAAACGUCUCCUAUUUCGUUACUUCUGCAUACGUUUUUUAAAAAUUAUACGGAACCCAUGCCUUAAAACCUUUGUUUAUAUACAGCGAUAAAUGUGCUCUAAGUACUACAAUGACAGUGUCAAUAGUUUAUAAUUCCGUUAACUUCAAUGAAAAUUGCAACUGAUAUUUAUGAGCAUACUUAAAAACAUUCAAAACUUAAAUUUAAUUACAAUCGAAAUUCAGUAAUAAAUAUGUAAAAUAAGGCUACUGUUUUGCUAAUUUUGUUUAUUUUUGUAAAAUUCCACAAAGUAUUUGUAUAUAUAUUAUUUAAACAGCAGUUUUUUGUUAGUUAAGUAAAGUUCCAUAGUUUUGGUUGUUUUAUUGUUUAAAAUAUUAUCAUGUAGAAACGUGCUGAUAGGCGGCAAAGUCAAAACACUUCAUCAUCAUGGUAUAAUCAAUAAUUCGAUAUGAUGCUAUAUAAGCAGAAGACACAUCAUCUUAUCAAGUACAUUUUGAACUGAAGAAGAGACAGCGACUUCUCUAGAUCUCAGUCUCUCUUUUGUUCUCCUUUUUCUUUUCUUUUGGCCCUUUCUGCCUUCCACCUUGUCCUCUUUUGAUGGCAUUCGCCGAAGUCAUGGAGCUUACCACCGGGACAGAGAAGCACCACCAGGAUGUAGCAAUGGAAGAAGAGGACGACCAGGUUGUCGGGUUGGAGAGAAAAACGUCGUCGUUGGCUCAUGAAAAGAGACCCGAUAGUGCAGAUAGCAGUACUAUCACCACUACCAACACAAGCUCAUCUUCUAGCUUUUCUGGUGAUGGAGAGCGUGUCACAAUAGAGAGUCUGGAGGUCCAUGAGUCGGAGGAGAAAGAAACCGGAUUUCACGGUGAGCACGACGACCUGAACAAUGGCAACGUCUACUUGGACGUAGACCAAGGUUCUGAGUCAUCUGAUGCGGAAUCUGAUGAUCAUGAGUCCCAAACUGUUGACCACUUGAAUGGGAAGAAAAAAGUGACAGAGUUUGAAAAGGGUUCAUCUUCUGAGGACAAGAAAGGAUCACGUGAGAUCGAUGAAGUACAAGACGGUGAUAUCGCUGAAGAGGUGGAGGUGAUAGAGGAGGAGGAAGUGGACAUCGAAGAUGUUAAAGAUUACAAGGCGAAGGAACUGCUGGAGAACCACAAGACACCUGAUCUAUUAUGUCCAAAAUGCAAGACUUGCAUCACCAAAGUGGUUGUCCUCAAGAAAAGGGUUGUCCUCAAGAAAAAGUUUGCCCACAAGAAAAAUAGGCAGAACAACCCUAAUGUGCCGGAGAGGCCUAGAGGGACUGAUGAUAGUCCUCGUUUGGAAGUCAAUCCGCCAUCUCGGGGUGAUGGUGAUAAAGCUAUAACUGAACCGAAUCAAUCCUUUUUCUACAAGUGCUUGUCCUGCUUCAGCAUAUUUGAACACACAGGUAUCUUAGAUUCGAACAAUUACUUUGUUAUUCUGAACACUGAAAUAUUAGAUCCGAUCCAUUUCUAUAUAUAAAGAACCGUUUUGCUUUAAGGUGUCGAGGGGGGACUUAGCAUUCAGGCAAAGCCUCCACAGGAAGCUCCAGUCGAUUUCAACUGUCUCCGUGGAGUGUUUGGAUUUAAUAAGGAAAAAGAACCAGAUGUUCACCAAGGUAUUUUUUUGGUCCCUUCAAAAGCCUCUGAAGAUUUUUGUUUUCAUUAAAGUUGCUUCUUAAACACAAGAACAUCUCGACAGGCGAAGGACGUCUCACCCCUUCUCUCGUCUUUUCUUUUAAGUUUAAGUUGUUAACUACCUUGCUGUCAUCCUCAUUCAUACCUUGCUAACUUUACGCUUCUGGUUAGGUGUAGUUGACACAGAACCACGUCAUGAAAUUUAUAUUCCACCACUCUCAGAUAAUCCUAUCGAUGAAGAUACUCUAGGGGAGCGGUUACUUCCCCAAGAACGACGUAAACCGGAGAUCCUGAAAAGUAUCGUAUAUGGAGGUUUAACCGAAGCAAUCACAAGCCUCGGUGUUAUCUCAUCUGCCGCUGGUUCUGGUGCUUCAACAUUGAACAUUUUGGUACUGGGGCUUGCAAACUUGUUUAGCGGCCUUAUUCUCAUUAUUCAUAAUCUCCAAGAACUCAAAAAGGAGGAACCCAUCAGAGAAACAACACAGGUUAGCCAGACUAACGGUGAAGAAGAAAGUCAGUACAAGCGACUCCUAGGACGAAGAGAAAAUUUCAUGCUUCACGCAACAGUCGCAAUCUUAUCCUUCAUAAUCACCGGACUACUCCCUCCUGUGGUUUACUACUUCUCAUUCAGAGAAACGCACAACAAAGACUACAAAGUGGCAUCAGUUUUCGGGGCAUCUCUGAUAUGUAUCUCCUUCCUCGCUCUAGCCAAAGCUCACGUGAGGAGCCCGGGAAGCGGCUAUCUGAAGAGCGUUCUGUACUACGCGGCGAAUGCUGUGUCGGUGUCGGGGAUUACCUACGUGGUUGGUAACGUAGUGAAUCAGUUGCUUGAGAAGUACGGAUGGUCUGACGGAUCUGAAA